AUGGGCAAGUCCAGUUGGGCAGCCCCUGGCCCGGGGCCCCUCACGCUCCUGUGGGCCAGGGGAGGCGCCGGACGGCAGAGUGACCCUGUCCCUCUCUCAGUCCCCGACAGCCUCAUCCUGAAGGUGCUGAACCAGCGCCUGAGCCAGCACGACUGCGUGCACCGAGGGUGGGUGCUGCACGGCUUCCCGCGGGACCUGGACCAGGCGCGCCUGCUGGACAGCGUGGGCCACAAGCCCAACAGGGUCUUCUUCCUGAACGUGCCACUAGACUCGGUCAUCGAGCGGCUGACCCUGAGGAGAACCGAUCCCGUCACCGGAGAAAGGUACCACCUCAUAUACAAGCCGCCUCCGACCAUGGAGGUCCAGGCCCGUCUCCGGCAGAACCCCAAGGACUCCGAAGAGCAAGUCAAGUUCAAGAUGGACCUGUUCUACAGGAACUCCGCGGAGCUGGAGGAGUUCUACAAGCAGGCCAUCACCCUCAACGGGGACCAGGACCCCUACACCGUCUUUGAGUACCUCGAGAGCGGGAUCACCCACCCCCUGCCCCAGAGAGUCCCCUGAGGCCAGCGG